UAAUGUUUCUCAACAUGCUUUUAUUUAUUUAUUUAUCUAUUUAUUUAUUUAUUUUACAUUGUCUCUACGUUUCGUACUUGAGAAACUCCUGAUGAUUUUGUAUAUCAAAACCCGAAGUCGAGAGUUUGAGCCUGAAUUUGAAUCUCUGGGUAAAGUUUCAGGUCAUUAUUAAACCAUUGAAACUUAGAUAAGUAUCAAAACCAUGAACCUUGUGAUGUUAAAAGUAUCCUUCAAAAGAAAUCCUCCUCAGAUUUAGCCAUGCCUUAGAUUCCAAUGGUUCUCAUAUCUUCCACCCCUUAAAUAGAAGAGUGAUUGGUGGCCACUAAUAAAGGGUUGGCUUAUUAAAGAGAGGGGGAGGGAAUAAGAGGGGCCUACUCCUCUUCCUCUCAAGAGGUGCAUGCUUGCUUGUGAGGGAAAAAAAAUUAAAAGAAAAAGAAAAGUUAAAUAGGAGAGAGAGGAAGAGGAAGAGUAGGGGUUUUAUAGUUUGAGAUCAAACUUAAAAUUUUAUUUUUUUUUAUUUUUUUUUUUUUGAUAAAGAAUGGGGAAGUAUAAUCCAGAUGUGAAGGAGGGGGAGGUAGGAUUUCCCUUGGUGGCACUAGCCAUUGAUAAAGACAAAGGAAGCCAAAAUGCCUUGAAAUGGGCUAUUGAUAACCUUCUCUCAAAGGGCCAAACUCUUGUCCUUGUCCAUGUCAACACAAAGGUCUCAUCAUUUAGGAGCCAAGAAGAUCCUGGUGGAUUUAAACAACCGACCGACCCUCACACAAAGGAAAUCUACCUUCCCUUUCGCUGUUACUGCACACGUAAAGAUAUACAUUGCAAGGAUGUGGUUCUAGAAGACACCGACAUCGCAAAAGCCAUAAUCGAAUUCGCUGCUCAUGCUGCAAUCGAAAAGCUCGUCGUUGGUGCACCAUCGAAGGGGGGAUUCAUCAGAAGAUUCAAGAACACAGACAUCCCCACACAUAUAUCCAAAGGUGCACCAGAUUUCUGCACUGUGUACGUAAUCUCAAAAUCGAAGGUGUUCUCCGUACGGAAUGCGGUUCGUCCCGCUCCAGCCGUCUCCCCACUGCGAGCUCAAAUCCAGCCCCAGCCCACUCCCCAACCCAACCUUACCAUCCAAAACAUGAGAGCCCCCAAAGGUGAUUCUGCUUGCAACACUCCACUCCUUCAGCAAAAAGAAUCAAUCAAGUCACCAUUUACAAGGGGACUGCGAGGCUCGACGGCAAAGUCGUAUGCAGACUUUGCGUUUAUGGAUUCUUCCUCCGACAUAUCAUUCGUCAGCUCAGGAAGGCCAAGUGUUGAUCGCUAUCAAUAUCCUCCAAGGUUGUCCAGCGGAUCGGAAGGGCUCGACCGUAGCUUUGAGACGGUCCGAACGCCACAGACGUCGGUGGAUUCGUACUCGACGAGGAACGACUUCUCUUCGUUCUCGCAGAGCAGCGGCGGAAGUUCGUGGUCCUCGCAGGCAUUUGAGGAUGUGGAAUCAGAGAUGAGGAGGCUGAGGCUACAGCUAAAGCAAACAAUGGAUAUGUACAGUACAGCAUGCAAAGAAGCUCUCAUAGCCAAACAAAAGGCGAUGGAGCUUCAUAGAUGGAAGGUGGGAGAAGAGCAAAGAUUGGAAGAAGCUCGGGUUGCUGAGGGAACUGCUCUAGCACUGGCAGAGAAGGAGAAAGCCAAGUGUAAAGCAGCCAUAGAAGCAGCAGAAGCCUCUCAGAGGAUUGCGGAGCUAGAAGCGCAGAAACGGAUCAAUGCAGAGAUGAAUGCAAUAAAAGAAGCCGAGGAGAACGAGAGAGCCUUCGACGCCUUUAAGCACACGGUGCGGUAUCGCAAAUAUACGAUUGAGGAGAUCGAAUUGGCAACGGACUACUUCUCUGAGGACCGAAAGAUCGGCGAGGGCGGCUACGGGCCGGUGUUCAAGUGUUAUUUGGAUCACACGCCGGUUGCUGUGAAAGUUCUACGGCCCGACGCGGCUCAAGGGAGAGCCCAGUUUCAGCAGGAGGUGGAGAUACUGAGCUGCAUCCGGCACCCGAACAUGGUGCUCCUCCUCGGGGCCUGCCCGGAGUACGGCUGCCUUGUCUAUGAGAACAUGUUGAACGGCAGCCUCGAGGACCGCCUGUUCCGCUACCGCGGCAGCAGCAGUCCAGCAGGCCCUCCCCCUCCGCCUCUCCUCUGGCCGCACCGGUUCCGCAUUGCUGCGGAGGUCGCGACGGCGCUGCUGUUCCUCCACCAGACGAAGCCGGAGCCGCUCGUCCACCGCGACCUCAAGCCCGCCAACGUGCUGCUCGACCGCCACCUUGUGUCGAAGAUCGGCGACGUCGGGCUCGCGCGCCUCGUCCCCCCUCCCGUGGCCGACGCCGUCACGCAAUACCGCAUCACCGCGGCCGCCGGCACAUUCUGCUACAUCGACCCAGAGUACCAGCAGACCGGAAUGCUCGGCGUGAAGUCGGACGUCUACUCGCUGGGGAUCAUGAUACUGCAAAUCCUCACGGCGAAGCCGCCGAUGGGGCUGGCGCACCACGUGGAGCGGGCGAUGGAGGAGGGGAGGUUCGCGGAGGUGCUGGACGCGGCGGCGGGGGAGUGGCCAGUGGACGAGGCGCGGAGGAUGGCCGAGGUGGGGCUGCGGUGCGCGGAGCUGAGGCGGAAGGACCGGCCCGAUCUUGCCACCGUCGUGCUGCCGGAGCUCGACAGGCUGCGGGCUGUCGCCGAGGAGAGCAUGCCGCAGUACGGCGGGAUGGCCGCCGGCAGCAGCGCGCAUAGCUCACCCCUUCACAGUCAGGUUUCACAGUAUGUGAUGAGUGACCCCCUACUAAACCAAUCUGGAUAUAGCUCAAGAACCCACUCAAGUGGAUCAUCAAUAGCAGGAAGGAGAUCUGAUGUUAUGUAAGGGGAAAUUAAAGAUGCUCAAACCACAGUAUUUGUUGGUAAAGCAUUCUAAGAUCUACACAAUUUUCCCUUUCAAUAGAGAACUGUUAAAACAUGAGCCCAAAGAAUAUAAAAAAUCUUUGUUGGUUCAUGCAUGUUUGUAUCAUCAUUAGUGCAUGAUAGGGGGGAUCUUCACCCUAUGGUUUUUUCCAGGUCAAAGUGUUGUUUCAUCUCCCACUAGAGAGAGAUGGUGAUCCAUUAGUGGUAGAUGUUAGCUAAAGUUCUGCUGCAGAAAAAGGCAAGGCUCCUUCUAUGUUUUCCACUUACGAAAGGAUGUAUCGAACAUCGAUUAAAUUUGACCAGAUUCAAUGGAAAUGACUUAUUGAUAUCA